AUGGCCAUGGCACCGGAGCCCUUCUUCUUCACUCCGCCGCCCGCGCCGCGGCACCUCGCCGAGCUCCGCAUCGACCCCGCGCACUACGCUGUCGCCUUCUCCGCGCCCUGCGCCGCCGACGCGGGGCGCAAGCGCCGCUGCCUCCUCCCGGCCUCCUCCGUGCGCAAGAGGAUGCUGCUCGAGCUGCCCCCCUUCGACCCCGCGCCGAACACACCGUCGCCUCCGCCGACGCCCCCGCCCACGCUCACCACACCGACGGCGUCGCGCGGCGCGGAGUUCUCGUUCGAGCCGGGGCUCCGCCCGCGCCACCCGACCUCCGCGGGCAACAUGUUCGCGUUCGCCGAGAACGCGACGGGGACGCCGGGGGGCUCCUCGGCCAGCAGCGCGGGGAACAUGUUCGCGUUCUUGGCUGCGCCGGAACGGCCCGACACGCCCACGGGUCCCACCUCCAGGGGCGGCUUCGUGUUCGCGGCUUCGCCGGAGGGGCCGCUGACGCCCACCUCCAGGGGCUCCAACACCAGCAGCCUCACGUUCUUGGCUUCGCCGAAGCAGCCGUUGACGCCCAUGGGCUCCACUGCCAGCGGCGCAGCCGCGUCCCUCCACUCCGCGAAGACGGCGCGCACGGGCGCCACCGGAAGCGUCGGGUUCGAAUUCUUCCCUUCGCCGGGGCCGGCGUGCGCGAAACUAGGCUCUCCAUCUUCCGCGGCGGCCAAGGAGACGACGCUCCCCCCCCCCCGUGGGCCUCGGAACGCCGUCGUUCGUCUUCUCGGCGUCGCGGUCGCUGCCUCCGCCGCGCGGCGGGAGCAGGAAGCUGCCGCGGCCCGACCUCCGCAUCGAGACGACCCCUCGUCGCAUGAGUCCGCGACACUGGGAGGAAGAUACGCCGCAGCAGCUCACCCCGUCGCCGCAGAAGCUCGCUAA